AUGGCCGGCACCACGGUAAAAACUCCCUCAGGCAUCAUACUGCAGGUCGGAGGCAAAGACGUCCCUCGGGUCCGGCGACUUCGGAUACUCGGUCUGUGGUUGCAGGAGGAUGGCAAGAACACAUACAGCAUCGGAGUCCUCCGUAACCACGCACAGCAAGUAGGAAGACUCAUAGCAAGAAUCGCCGGAAAACGGUACGGGAUGAAAGAGCGGAAUGUCAUUCGCCUUAUCAAAGCCUUCGUGAUUAGCCGGAUUGCCUACAUUGCACCCUUCCUGGACUUGACACUCACGGAGAGGGAUGCCAUCGAUCGCAUCAUCCGCUGCGUAUACAAGAAAGCGCUUCACCUAACACCUUCAACAGAGACCAAGCGACUCGAGAAGCUUGGGCUUCACAACACCCUCUCGGAAAUCAUUGAGGCACAGAGGAUAGCCCACUACGAAAGGCUAUCUCUGACCACAGCGGGAAGAACCAUCCUCACAUCUUUGGGCAUCAACUACCACCCAACAGGGCACAGUACGCGAGGCUGGCUUCCAAACGAGCUACGCGAGCAACUAAAGAUUUCGCCUCUGCCUCGUCACAUGCAUCCAGUGCACGACGCAGGCAGACGCAUGGCCAGAGUGAAGGCUCUGGAGAACACUCUACAGGAAGGCUGCGACGACUCCGAGGUGACCUAUGUCGACGCAGCCUCAGCUGACAGGGGUCGAAUGACCCUUGCAGUUACGAAUCGCUCCGGCCAAAUCCUCACGGCAGGCAGCAUGUACACCAGCAACAGUGCAGAGGCAGAGGAGGCAGCCAUCGCCUUGGCCCUCACCCUCAGCACCACGAAAGUCAUAGUCAGUGACUCCCAGAUGGCCAUCCGCCAGUACAUGCGUGGUCACAUCUCUGACAAAGCCCUCAAGAUCGCCACUGGUCAUCGUCUGAUUGACCACCCAGUCCGCAUACUGUGGUCUCCAGCCCAUGCGUCACUCCCAGGCAACGAGAGUGCUCACAGUGCAGCCUGCGCUCUUACCAACCGGGCUAGCACACCAAGUGAGCACUCGACCUUCGCCACGUGGAACCACGACAACCUCUACACCUUUAAGGGGGUGCUGGACCACUACCGAGUAGAACGCCGAGCCUACCCAGAGGCUCACAGCACUCUCAACAAGGCAGAAUCCACCAUCCUCCGUCAAGUCCAGACGGAGACCUUCCUCAACCCGGCGCAGUUGCACUCGUGGUACCCAGAUACCUACGACCCGUCUUGCAGGAACUGUGGCGAGAUCGCCACACUCCACCAUAUACUCUGGGGGUGUCCGGAGCUGCUUCUUCACUCGAAGGAUAAGGAGUUCAUCAAGCAAGCCAGGCAACCAGGCGCCUGGGAAUCCUUCCUGCGGGAUCCUGACCCCACGACUCAGAAAAUUCUAGUCCAGCUGGCCUCGGACGCCGCCGGGAACAUCGCGUCUCGUCUGUCGACCGAGGGGAUCGCUUCGUCAAGGCGGCACUAG